GGGAGCUUGGACAACUUCCUUUUGAAGGACCCUACUACGACUACGCCGGUUUGGACAGCAGAUAUGAACCCUCAUUGCUUAUGUCGCUUCUCAGUGGGCUAG